AUGGGGCCGCUGUGCACGACGGGACUUGUAGACUCAAAGUCGAUAAAAUGGUGCCGGCUCCAGGCCCCGCCUCCAGUUCAUCCCAGUACAGCCCCAGUGCCNCUCCAGUCCCUCCCAGUGCAUCCCAGUGCCACUCCCAGUUCGUCCCAGUAUCCCCCAGUGCCACUCCAAUCCCUCCCAGUGCAUCCCAGUGCCACUCCCAGUUCGUCCCAGUAUCCCCCAGUGCCACUCCCAGUUCGUCCCAGUAUCCCCCAGUUCAUCCCAGUCCUUCCGCGGCCAAACCUCUGCCCCGCCCCCAUAGUUGAUCACGCCCUUUUCAUUGACCACGCCCAUUUUCCAUUGGCCACGCCCCCUCCAAGUUCUCCCCCUCCAUUUCCAGUUCUUGCGGCUGCUCUGGGAAGGGAUCAAAGGUCACGGAAUGGAGAGGAAACAGCUCCAGGCACUGGUGAUACUGGGAGAUGCCUCCAGUCCCUUCUAGUUAGUGUCCCCAGCUGUCCCAGUGUCCCUGUCCCUGUCCCAGACUGGUGUCACCUGCGCGUCGGUGGCCUCACGGUGGCUGCGGUGCUGAGCGUGCUGGGGGUCCUUGUCCUGCUCAGUGGGAAAUGCAAGUGCCAGAGCAAGGCCAGGAGCCUGAGCUGUCCACGGGUGUCCCCAGAUGUCCCUGACAGGUGACACCGGACAGGGGGGAAGGGGUGGCGUUGAUUUCCCUGAAAUGUCCCCAAAAUGUCCCCAGGAAAGGCAAUGAAUAAAAAAUGGGUGA